AGAUGCCUUUCAUUGCUCAGCAGCUUGGGGCCAGCGCCAAACUCUCAACUCAAUGAGAAGAGAGUUGGUAGAGGUCCGGGCUCAGGCUAUGGAAAAACAUCUGGACGAGGUCAAAAAGGCCAGAAAGCUAGAGGAUCUGUGCCAAAUUGGUUUGAAGGUGGACAAACUCCAGUUUAUAAACUUUAUCCUAAGAGAGGUUUUAUUAGACACCAAAAGCUUGACUUACACGAAGUCCCAUUAAUUAAAAUACAACAAUUUCACGAUUCAGGACGUUUGAAGUUGGCUCCUGGGGAGACACUUACGAUGAGAAAGAUGAGGGAAAUAGGUCUGAUUACUGGAUCCUUAAAAGACGGGGUUGCUAUUCUAGGCACGGGAGCUCCGGUGUACAAGCUCAAUAUAAACAUAGAGUCGACCAAAGCUACGCAAACAGCGAUCGAAGCUAUCGAAAGCAACGGUGGAAAGUACACCUCGAGGUAUUUUUCGAGAUCUCUAGGUUACAAAGUUCAUAUGUCUCCUCAGCGCUUUAUGCGUACGAAGGGUUACGUUCCCAUGCAAGCGAAGCCAAUCGCUAGACGCGAUAUUCUUUACUAUACCAGUCCAGAAAAACGUGGAUAUCUA